ACGAUGACAAUGGAGGAAUGCGAGGAGGAGAAGGUGGUGCUCGCCGGGAACAUCCCAGAGCCCCCCACCCCGGCGGGCUACAAUGUGGAUGCGGAGGGGGAGCUGGUGGAUGAUGACCUGGAGGAUGAGGCAGUCCUGCAUGAUGAGUAUGGGGAGGAGGAGGAGGAGGAGGAGGAGGAGGAGGAGGAGGAGGAGGAGGAGGAGGAGGAGGAGGAGGAGGAGGAGGAGGAGGAGGAGGAGGCUGAGGGUUAGGGGGAUGUGCUGCAUGUUUGGCAA